GGCGGCUCGAGUGCGGUUGAAGAUGCAAUGCGGCACCGUCGUAUUGCUACUCGUUGUCAUCAUCGUGGUGUGUGGUGUGGAUUUUGUGUGUGGAAUGUUCGAGCAUCGUCACUGCAAUCAUCAGCAUCCUCGGGCACACGAGUUCAAGGUCGAUGGUGGGAGUGUCGUCGUUAUCGAUACUUCUCUCAUGUGUAUGCAUAUAAAUUUAUAUCAAAUGUAAAAAUAUCGGAUGUGCAAAUAUAUGUGAUUAUUGACUUUUGUAAUGCAAACUUAUUUUCGAAGUGAUUUCUUUCAAUAUCAUUUUUGACGAAUUUAAAUGUAUCGUGGUGAAGUGUUCCUCAUAAUAUGUGUACUUACCAUAAAACUGUGAUUUUAAUCAUGUGAAGAGAAAGGUGAACUUGUUUUCAUACAUCAGUGAACCACGUGUUUUGUGAACGGGCACGUGCCCUUGUCUUUAAUCGUACGAGUUUUUACCAUUUACGCUCCGUUUCGCUUCUACGUUAUUCACGGUGUUCACAUAGAACCAGCACAUGAAGUAAGAAAGCGUAGUAUCAGUCAACCGGUUAGAAUCCUGUUAUCGUACGACGAAAGCGUUUACAGGUUGGACGACGAAAAACUGGAUCUCAUCAACAAUACCAUUUUACCCGAAGCAGUGCACUUUUGGGAGCGGGCACUCAUGGUCCGCGAAACAAAAAGCACUAUUAGAUUAAGCAGGAAAUGCGAAAGUAGCCAAGUGUUUGUUAAAGACCAUCACACUCACUGUAUAGAUACCUGUCGGCCCAUUACGAUGUGCGGCGAAGUUGUCGUACCUGAAGAUCACCUCGACGUUUGUAGAACGUGUAACGCAACAGGGCAUAAUUGCGGUAUAGCCGAAGGAAGCAAGGCAGGCCCCGGUAUAGACGGAGCUGAUUUUGUUUUCUACGUAUCCGCGAUGCAAACCGAAAGAUGCCAUAAAGGAUUAACCGUGGCUUACGCGGCCCAUUGCCAACAAGAAGCGGCAUUGGACAGACCGAUUGCUGGUCAUGCCAAUCUAUGCCCGAAAAGCAUAAGCACGAAACCACAAGAGCUCGAAACUUUGCUAAGUACCGUGAAACACGAAAUAUUACACGCCUUGGGAUUUUCCGUCAGUUUGUACGCCUUCUAUCGAGAUGAAAAUGGAGAACCUAGAACUCCGAGAAGAAGCGACACAGGGAAACCAUUCUUGAACGAAAAGUUGCAAACGCAUCAAUGGAGUGAAAAUACGAUUCGAACCGUAGUCAGGCCAUAUUGGCAAGUGCAUGGAGGCUACGUAGAAAGAUCGAUACAAAUGAUAGUGACACCGAGAGUUCGUGCCGAAGUUCAAGCUCACUUCAAUUGUCCGGAGCUGGAAGGCGCGGAGCUAGAGGAUCAGGGGGAAGAUGGCACGGCAUUGACGCAUUGGGAAAAACGAGUAUUCGAGAACGAAGCAAUGACGGGGACGCAUACUCAAAAUCCAGUUUAUUCAAGGAUAACGCUCGCCCUUAUGGAAGAUACCGGAUGGUAUAGCGCGAAUUACUCGAUGGCACAAGAAUUAGGAUGGGGUAGGAAUCUUGGCUGCAAUUUUUCGAUGAAGUCGUGUAAGGAGUGGAUAUCUUCAAAAUCGUUUCGGUUGUCGGGAAAGUCUAUUCAUCCCUUUUGUAACAAAGUGAAACAAGAUCCAUUACAGACCGAGUGUACCGAUGACCGAAGUUCAGUGGCAUUGUGUAACUUGAUCAAAUACUCGCAACCUCUACCUAAGAAGUAUCAGAAUUUUGACUUUAUACCUCACGUGCCAGCUGGAGAGGAACAAUACUACGGUGGUUCGGUAUCUCUAGCGGAUUAUUGUCCAUACAUUCAAGAAUUUACGUGGAGAGCUCGAAAUAUAGUAGUUAGAGGCUCCCAUUGUCUCUAUGAAGAGAACAAUCCUCAUCCGGACAAAAAUUUUGCUUUAGAAAAAUACGGUCCACAUUCGAGAUGCUUUGAUCAUACGAAUCAAAUGUGGGAAGAAAGAACGUGUAAACAAGCUAGGCAAUGGCAACAUUGGGGUUCCGGAUGUUAUCGAUAUAAAUGUGAAGUUGGUAGAUUACAUAUUAUAGUCGCAAAUUACACGUACACGUGUUAUCAUGCUGGCCAAGAAAUCGCAAUCAGAAUAAUACAAAAUGACUGGCUUCAUAAAGGAGCUCUAAUUUGCCCUCCAUGUAGAGACAUUUGUCAGGCGGAAUUAAAAGAGAAACACGAAUAUUGCAAGCCGGGAGAUGAACAUCCACCGUCAACGUUUUAUCACAGAGACAAUUUGUAUUGUGCAUCCGCGGCAAAAUUUACAAAUUUAUCCUUACCAUUCCUUACUUUAAUUUAUUUCUUUGUUUUUAGAUGAUAUGUCGUGGAACCUAGGUAAUAUUUUCAUUGAUAUUAAAACUAGGUUGACAAAUUACAAUAAUCGUUGAAACGUCUGAAUUCGCAUUUUUGAAUUACGAUACGUACGUAAAUACUAGCUUAAUGCUCACGGGAAUAUCUUUGAAACCACGUACGUGAGACGUUUCGCGAUAUGAUUCGUAUCUGAACCGAGGUGACAAUUCCAUUUUCACCAUUUAUCGUGUAAAAAAUAUUUUCUUAACACAAUUUUAUAUAUCAGCAAAUAUAAAGAUACGCAAAAUACGAGUUUAAAGAUAACUUUAAACUCAUAUUUCAUAUUUUGCAUUUUGUUUUUGUUAAAGUCUCUGGAAAAAGAGACAGGCAAUAUAUCCUAUUUACCAUGGUUAAUGCUCGGUCCCCUGUUCGUACUCGUAAGGUUAAAAAGGCUACAGUCUCGAUGGUUUAUAAAAUGGCGAUAAUAUCUAUUUUCCGUAAAUCGUAUUCUGGUGUGUAUCUGUAUCCACAAUAGGUGGAUCCGCUCAAGACCGAGGGCCAUCUUGAUCAUCGCGUCUGCCUACUUUGUCGAUUGCCUCGUUACCCUCCUUCUCUCCCCCUUUCCCUUCCCUCGUCAACAAUGUACUCAAUCCCAUCUUCACUACAGUUAGCAAAUAGUUCAUUUUUCGGUUCACUGGCUUUCUCCAAUCUUACCUCCUUCUGAGUUGUGCAUCCCAUGUAUUUCCUCCCGAACCAGAGUUUUCAAUCCAUUAACCACUGCUUCGAAUGACCACUAUGACGACACUGUCCACUUGACUUGUCCGAUCUCUACUCGUAAAACGCGAUCUGUUUCCUUUCUUUCACUUUCUUUUUUUUUUUAUUGUUGAGGAGGAGAGAGGGGAGGGGGGUUUAAACAAAUUAUGCACUUCCAUCUGUUCCAAUGGGGGAUUCACCAAGGCCUAAAACGAAUUCGAUAUAUUCGUUAAAAAAUUCCUCCUCGUACGCUUCCCUUAAAUCGCAGAAAUAUUAGUUUGGAAAUAAUUAUAAAUUGAUCAAUUUCUCAGAUCUAAGUAAUCGAUAAUUUCAUUAUUAGUUUUAUUUAAAGUUUUAUUAUUAUGUCAUUAAAAGACAAUCAAUUAAUUAGGACUAAUAUAUCUGGCUUUUUAUUGAUAAAAUCGUAUUUGAAUAAUUCUUCUUUAAUAUCUUCUCUUUCAAUUCAUCAUUUGAUGUGAUAAGAAAAUCUAUUACACAAAUUUCAAUUACCAUUCAAUUUUCUUUCCGCCUUGUUAUCACUCGGAAGAAUACCGAAUAUAUAUAUCUCGAUAUUAUCCGUGUUUCUAUAUCAUUCUAUCGAUGCAUAUCGUCGCAUGUCACUUCCUGUUUAUAGCUAUGUUUAUCUCGAGUCAGUUGAUACUUCCUUUAAGGAAGUAGGUUAUCGUAUAUAUAGAAAAAGCUUCUCUCGAUGUUUGUGUUAAUAUCCGCUCGAUCGCUGUAUCGACGUCAUAUUUGCGUUUAUCGGCAAAUUACCGCGAUGAUCGAUCGUCAUCGAGGAAAAUAUUUUUCCUUUCCUUCCUUCAGGUAAUGCAAGUAAUAAUACAGUUAAUAAUUAUUAUACAACAAAAAUAAAUACGGAUGUUUAUUAAUUUCUCGGUUCGGUAGAACAUCUUCCUCGCUCUCGUCUUCGAUACAUACACAUAUCGCAAUGUUUGCCGUUCUAUUCUAUUGUUAGAAUAUUCUAUCGUUUCCUCUCUCUCUAGUAUCCAAAAUUUUUGCUUCUUUCGCAAACACAUAUCAGGCAAAAUUACCCCUCCACUCGAGUAUAGAUAUCUUUCAUCUAGAUAUUUCCACAUCCAACAAAAUACGCUAUUAUUUCGUAACAUAUCUACACUCAUUUUUUAUUUUUAGGCCCAUUCAAGUUUCACCCUUCUCACGACUCAUUUUGGAUAUCCGGAUAGUUCGCGUGUCCUCUUACUCGAUCUUACAACUCGUGAUCUCGAUAUAUUUCCCUUAGGCUCCUGCUCCACGGUUCUCCCCUUCAGAGACAUUGGUAUAGGCCUUCAUUCUCGGAUACCAACGUGAACAUAUUAAUCUCCAUCGCCCAUUUUAUCGGCUCGUAUCUGUUCAACGAACGCUAUACCUCUUUAGAAAAAUUUCACAGUAUCAGCCGAUCAUAUUGGAUAAUAUUGGACUGCCAUAACUUGUAUAUAGUCGAUGAAUCCUUCGAUAUUGUUGCUAAAGAAAGAUACAAAGAGUACAGCAGGGUUAAAUACGCUUCGUACCAUUAUCUGAUAUAUUUAAGAGGAAAAAAGGGGGGUCGCGUGUGUCUUUUACUUUUAAAAUAUAAGACGACAAUGUAUGUAGAGACAGGGAAAAAAUAUAACAUAUGAUGCAAUAUCUAUAUAAUAAAUGAUAUUUCAAUGAUAUUUUAAAAUAUUCAUACACAUAUGUUGUAUGGUUCCUUUUUUUCUAUCGUAAAAAUUAUUAAAAUUUUUUUAAAAAUCAAAUUUGUAAAUACAAUUUCUUUAAAUUUAUUUUAUAUGUUCUCAAAUAAAUAUAUGAUGGAUAAAAUGGAUCAUCCUGCAUAUACAGUAAUUCUCGUUGAUAUAUUUCAAGUAUUUCAAAUAUGUAAUGAUAUAUAAUUACCUAUAAUAAUUGUGCCGCCCAUUUUAUUAUUAUUAUCUUUUAUAAAUAUCGCUUUUCUUUUAUAUUUUUAAUUAUUUUUCUAGUUAUAUAAGAAUCUUGCUUUAUGAAUAAAUCAUUUUUAUUGUUGAUUAGUAGUGAACCGCGAUGAAUCGUUAUAUAUAUAUAGAAAAUAUAUAUAUCAAAAUAUGUAUAUGUACGAGUGCCAAUAUUAUCUAUUUUUUGUUUAAAUAACAAUUUUAGUUAUCAAUUAAAUACGUAUAAUAUUUUACGAUUACGAAUAAUCCUUAUUCAUCUAUCAUUUGAAAAUUCUUACAAGUUACAAUUCAACAUUCAAUAUAACUUUUAUAUACGUACAGUAAUUCUCGUUGAUAUAUUUCAAGUAUUUUCAAAUAUAUUUAUUUCUACAAAUACAUAUAAAAAAAAAGAUAUACGAAAUUUCAAAAAUCACAUGAUAUUAUAGUCAUAAUUUUAUUUUCUAAACAUAACAAAUUAAAUUUCUAAAUUUUUUUUCUAAGAAAUAGAAUAAUCCGCAUCGCGAAAUUUCAAAAUUUAUUACGAUAUAUUUUUUUUAUUUCAAAAUAUGAAUAAGGAUUAAAACUAUUUAAUGAUUAUAUAAUGAUUAAAACUAUUGGCAACAAUUUUUCAUUGUCACCUCGGAAAUAUUUAUAAAUAUGAAAACAUUGAAUUAUUAUAAACGAAUAUUAUAAAAUUAUAAAAUUGUAUGUAGUUCGAUCAUUGAUAUUGAACAUCUAUAUUUAUUGUUUAUUUCUUAAAAACAAACGCGUUCGAACUUGCUUCACGAAGAAUUGUGCGAUGAAAGAAGGAAGAGUUAAUUUUUCUACGAGAUUAACGAAAUAUAACAUGAAUUUGCUUUUAUAAUGCAAUUUUAAUAGAUUAUGAUAUCAUAUCUAUAAAAAAUAUAAGAAUAUUAUAAGAAAUCGGCAAAAAAUGGGAACAUCUUGAAAAUAGAAGUGGAAUUGUUUUAAAAGUGCGUGUAACACGAGUAUGGAUCAAAGUAUGGAUGAUAAGUGAUUAUUUCUUGGAAAUAAAUAUCAGAGAAUAAGAUGUAAAUAUUAAGACGAAAUAAUAAUAAUAAAUAAGACAAUGUAGAAAACUUUUAUGAACGUAAGAAGAAUACGUAUUACGUAUUUCAUGCGUGAUGUAAUUUCUAUUAUCGCUCGUGUAAAUGAAAUAAUUAUAUGAAAUCUCUUGUUUUUUUUUUUGUUUCUUUUUUUUCAUUAUAUUUAUACACGAAAUAUAAACAUUUUGUACACAUAAUUUUUUAACAUUCCAUUAGGUACAAAAUUUCAAAAAUUCAAAAUUAUAUAAUUAUCAAUAUGUAAAAUAUGAAAUAAUUAAUAAUGAAAGAUUUAAAAGAUUAAAGUGAUUUAUAAAUAUAAGAAUAUAAUGUUUAAAUCGCGUUAAGAAUCCUUAGUAGUUUAAGAAAUCUAAUAAUAUGUUAAUAUCUCGAAAAAUUAAAUUAUCGAGGUGGCGUUUAUGCGGAUAGAAAAUGUAAUUUAAAAUUUUGAAUUCGACAUCAUUUUAUCGAUCGAAAGUUUCUUAAUCAGCAAAAUGUAAUCAUAAAAAAUAUAUACGAACAUAGAAAAUUAUAUUUUGAAUUAUAGAAAGAAAAACUUUUUUGUUUUUUUAUCAAUUUGCGAAUUCAAACUAUUUAUCCGAUUCGAUCUAAAUGUCGAUGGACGAUAGAAUAUUUGUCAUCGCAGAAAAUUGAAUUAAAAAUCUAUUGCUGCAUUUAAAUCGGAUAUAAUUCCAAGUGAUAAAGCUUUAUUCGACGUAUCAACGUAAUAAAAUGCCAUUUAUUAUUAUAAGUAACGAAAUCUUCUGUUCAUAUAACGAUAACCUAUAUUUUAAGACCAUUCUCAGGGUCUAAUAUUUUCAACGCAAUUUAAGCAAAUUUUCAAUUAUAUUACUAUCGAUCGUUAUUAUGUUUAAUUAAUUAAGAAUAUAUUCAUGGAAAAUACAAUUUGAUACAUUUAUCAUUAAAAAUUCGUUAUUAAAUAUUUUUAUCGAAUUUGUUAUAUUUAAUCCAUAUUUGCGUACUUAUAGAUAGUUAUUGUACAAUUAUUUGUACGAAAAUAUUUUCAAAUAUUCUUAUAGAAAAAACGAUAUAUAGAUACGUAAAAUAUGGAUUAAAAUAACAUUCCGAGAAAAAAGAAAUUUAUAAAAAAUUUUUAUAUAUUUAUCGUAUGAAAUACUAUUGUCAAAUAUUUUCCUUCGCUUCUCACGAAGAACAAAAUAUGGCAAAAUAAUAUAUAAAUUUGUAGAAUUUAGAUCAAUAGUAAUGUAUAUCGUUAUGUACAAUAAUAUCUAUUAAUUAAUUUAUUUAUUAUAUUAAUUAUUAUAUACAAUUUGAUAAUUUUAUAUUAAGUUACAAUAAUUUAAUAAUAAAAUAAUAAUAAAUUAUAAUAUUAUUAGUUAAAAAUAACAAUCACAGCAUGAAAUUGUCGAAACUAUUUGACAGCCGCUAAGAAUAAGAAUAAGAAAUUUCAAAGCCUUAUUCGAUAUGCUAGAAAAUUUCCAAGAAAAAUCGUAUAUCCGGGGAUAUCAAUUAAACGGAAAUAGCUGUCAAUCGUUCCUGACGUUCGUUGCCGCUGUGAACACGUGCCGAUGUAAAAACAAAUCUAUCCAUCUAUUAUAUUGUAUAAAUCGUUUUGUAAAUUGUAUAAACUUAUUCUUGUAAAUAAAUAAUAUUGUACAAAAUGUAAAGAGAA